AUGGCGGCCGAAAUGGAGUCCAUUUUACGAAAACUGAAGCUGGAUUAUUUGAUAGAAAGAUUUAAUAUUGAGAAAAUAACGCCAAAUUUAGUUGGAAAGCUUUCUUUAAACGAAUUUAAAAAGCUAGGAGUGCAAAAUCGCAAUGAUAUUAUGGUAGUACGCAUGGAAUGUUCCAAGUACGGAUCGAACAAACAACCCAGAAGCAGAAGUACACGAAAUGAAUGUGGUGCUCCUAUGUUUGAAAUACCACGGUCUGUUUUGGAGUGCUACCUUGAGCAAAAUCUAAAAAUAGAAGAAAUCUCAAAAAUUCUUUCAGUUUCAGAAAGCACAAUAUAUCGUCGAAUGAGACAGUACCACCUUAGUAAGAUGGAAUUUUCGACUGUUACGGAGGACGAAUUAGAUCGAGUUGUUAGCGAAAUAACGAAGGAAUUUCCUCACUCUGGCGAGGGGCUAAUAAAGCAGAUGCUGCUUGGAAAAAUAUAA